UUUUAUUUUUCUCACUCAUCUUCCCUCUCUCUCUCUCUCUAACUUACUCUGUUUUGAUUCCUGCAUUGACUAUACUGUGUCUUGUGAGGCGUUCAGUGCCUGCGGGUAAUUACCGCUAACACAGAUCGUAGCUAAGUGUUAAAGUGAUUUUGGCGUAUUCGAUUGGUUUAAACAAUGGGGUAAAACAGAAAGGUCAAUGAGUUCUUUGGGUUGGGAUUUUGAUCAUUUCAGUGCAAAAUUUCAACUGAGGUAAAGUAGACUCUGCAAUACUCCUAAGACGUACAACUUAGCACCAUUCAGAUAAUCUAUGUUUAGAAAUUUCUUCAAAUGAGUGAACAACAAAACAGCAGGAUUUCAAUAAUGAACUUCGGAGAACAGCUUUUGGGUCAAAAUGGGAAACAAUUUCAAAUGAACAAUACAUGGGUACCCAUCACCCCUGAGAAGCUCGUUCAAAUAAGAUCUAAUACAGUACCAGACUGGACAGCAAACGAAAUGCGAAGAGCAAAUUAUCAAGAAUUUCCUGUACCUGGAUGCGACUACACGAAUGAGAUGCGACUUCAUUACAAUGGACCAUAUCAGAAUCUCCAUCUGUUAAGACAAACAGGUCAAAGUGGAGAAAACAAUAAUUUUGGUGGCAACUCAGUCCACAGAAGCAGUGUUAUAGAUCACAUUGCAGGCUCCUAUGCUCGAACACAGCACUACGAGAGCAAUGGAUUGAACAGUAAUACAUUGGAACUACUGCUAAAGAAGAAUGCAACUAAUAUUGCUACUGCUAACAGGAAUUUGGAUACAAGCAUCAAUGUGGCAGCAAGAAACCCACUGCUACCAAGAUUUUACCCUCAGGCUAGCAGUGAUAUGAGUUAUUCCUAUGCAGCUUCAGAUAUGGUGUAUAAGGAAGCAAAUAGACUUCUCAUUCCGAAUAGGAAUUCUGAAUUUAGUGGCAGCAACACAGACAACUUGCUCAACAAUGAUAUUCACUGCUCAGUCUCAAACCAACUGAAGGACAUCUUCUCUGGAGUAUACUAUGGUGAUUCUCACCCUGAGCAUUAUCUGAACUAUGUGCCAAUUGGAGAAGCUGAUGCCACCACCAGUUUCACCAACUCCCUCCAAUCAAUACCAAAAACAACGGAUCAGCUCAAGUUUUUGGAAAACCAGAUCUGUCCAAUGCCUGAUUACACAAUAGCUGAAAGCACAAGUCAUGAGAAAGACAUUGUUUCAUGCACAGAGAAUGAAAUCCAAGAAUAUUGUGAUGGGCUUCUACAGCAAAUUGUAGAUUCUUCAUCUGCAAUAGUUUCUCCAACACAUGGGGAUCAAAAGGGUUCUGUCAGCAACAUUUCUGACAGGGCAAGUGACGAGAUUUUUGACCUGAACAAGACUCCAGAGCAGAAAGUACCUAGGCGCAGAAAGCAUAGGCCAAAGGUAAUUGCAGUAGCCAAGCCCAAAAGAAAUACCAACCCUGCAAGUCAAGAGAAUCAGGUUAAGGAAAAUCCACGCAGAAAAAGGAAGAAUGUCCCAAAAACUGCAGCAACACCAAAGGCAGAUGUUGUAAAAGAAAUGUGUGAUUCAACUGCUGCAACUACAAAAUCCUGCAGGAAAGCUCUAAAUUUUGACUUGGAAAAUAGUAGAUAUGAAAGCCAGAGCAGCAUGGUUUUUCAGCAAGAGAUCUACCAUAUAAAUGAGAAUGCUUUUAAUACCACUGCAGAAUACAAGGUUAAAGAGAUGCAUAGUGGAGCAAAUAUAAAGUACGAUACAAACUCAGCUUUGACGAUCAAUCAGCAGGAUGAACUUGCAGUAGAAAACCAAAGACCCAGGAACACGGAUGAUAUUACACAUCUAUUGAAAGGAAAGGUAACAAAUACUUUCUUGUCAGAAAGGGAAUCAACCAUAACCUUGUCAGAUACUACAGAAGAAGAGCAGAGAGAAAAAUUUCAGGACUCUGAGAAAGGUCCAGCUCAAGGAAAUUCUAGUUUAUGGCAGGAAAGAAAUAGUGGAUGCAUGCUGCAAUACAUUAAUGCAAAUGAAAUUGGAAACACUCUCUUUCAAUCAGAAAUAUGUUUUGAAAACUCCCAGGAGACAGGGGAACUGAUUUGUAAAAAUACGUUUCAGUCCCCUAGCAUUCUCUCCAAUUCCAUUGAAGCAAAGGGUUCCAAGAGAAAAUAUUCCAACAGCGCUGAGAACCAACAUUACUCAUCCAGAAAUCCACUUGGUACUUCCUUGUGCCAAGAGAUUUUACAAGUGGAUGGAAACUUCAAAGAUGCAGAUCUUUCUAAAGGUCUCUUAGAAAAAAAUAAAAGGAAAAGAACUCAAAAUAAAAUCCCUGCAAAAGCCCGCAGAGGAUCUUCCACCAAAAAAAUUUCCAAAGAUAGUUUGCAGAAAGUAAGAAAAGAAGAAAAAAAAGGGUUUCAAUCACACUGUAACGAAGAAAUGCCAAACUACUGUAUUGAAAACAGCAGAUUCGUAAAGCAGCAAAACAGUGGAGGCAGCACUCAUGAUUUCUUUGCUAUUUCAGGAGAACCACACCCGAUAUAUUCCACCCUGAUAGACAACAUAAUUUGCCAGCUGAAUGGUCUCAACCUCAAUGAGGGCAACACAUCAGAGAUGGAAGGACAAAAGGCACUUAUCCCAUAUAAGGGAGAUGGUUCUAUUGUACCCUACCAGGAAUUUGAAUUUGCCAAGAAACAUAAACCAAGACCAAAAGUAGACCUUGAUCCGGAAACAGAGAGAACCUGGAAACUGUUGAUGGGGAAGGAAGGAAGUGAAGACCUUGAAGGAACUGACGAGGAAAAGGAGAAGUGGUGGGAAAAGGAAAGAAAUGUAUUUCGUGGACGAGCUGAUUCCUUCAUUGCACGGAUGCAUCUUGUUCAAGGAGAUAGACGCUUUUCAAAGUGGAAAGGAUCUGUGGUUGACUCGGUGAUAGGUGUUUUUCUCACUCAGAAUGUUUCAGAUCAUCUUUCAAGCUCUGCCUUUAUGUCUCUAGCGGCAAGGUUUCCUCUUAAAUCAAAAAGCAGCCAGAGAACAUAUGAUGUCACAGACACCUUGGUUGAAGAGCCACAACUCUGCAUAGUAAAUCCAGCUGAUACAAUAGGAUCAUAUGCAAGAGGAACAUUGAAUCAACCAACCUACUAUAUUGACUUUGAGAUGCCCCAUCAUACAGGAGAGCUUUGGAGAGACAGUGAAACCUCAAGGAUAAAUGAGAGCUUAAUAAAGCCAAAUAAUCAUAUCUCAGAGGAAGAAUUCUUAUCAUCACAAGAUUCUCUUGAUUCCUCAGUUACUCAAGACACCAGAAUUAGAUCCUCUUCAGGAUCCAAUUCAGAGUCAGAAGGACGCAACAGAGGGUGUGAGCCCAGCAAGGCUCAGUUCUUUACUUCAACCAAUUCUUUACUGGCAGGAAAGACCACUAUGUUUCAGGAAUUUUACCAUAGUGUAAAUGGAGUAUCACUGUUUGAAGAGAAAACCAAUGGAAAGCUGCAGCAACAUGUGAAGCAAAGUUCUAGAGUAGGAAGAAAUGAUAGUCACAGUUUCCAUUCAGCAUCUGGUCAUCCAUGCAGCUUUGAUUAUCCACAAAAGCAACACCUACCUGUAGCUCCUUCAACAGACUAUGCAUCAUAUUACUCAUACAUACAAGGGUUGAACACUUUUCAAAUGAAUGGUGAGGACUUAUCUUGGCCUGAAACUGUUUCCAUACACAACGAAUAUCAAGACAAGAAUAAUAGGAGAUUUGGCAUCAAGGGAGUAGGAGAUAGUAUGGAUAAACCUACUGAGAUGCAGCAUGGAAAUGUUCCAUUAGGGUUUCCUGAGUUACCAACUAUGAACCUUUAUGUACCAUUGAGCAAGCGUUCAGUCCUUGUAGGAGAUACUUCUCAAUCUAGAUCUGAUACAAAUUAUAAUCAACCUUCACCUAACCAUCAUCUUGUGGGUCAGAAAACCUUACGAUCGGAGGGCGGGACGUAUACAGAAUCAUCAAAUACUUCUCACAUAUUGGGCAGAGGGAAAGAUCAUGCAAAGAACGAUCACAUCAAUAUACUUGAGCAUGCAGAAGAAGUUUUUGACAGUGAAAAAAUCAUACCCACAGAAACCAGGCAAGUAUGCUCAGAUAAUGGUCAGGCUGAACCUAUGGCAGAGAAGCAAGUUUAUUCUCCAGGCCAAAAAGACAAAGAGGGCAAACUUGAGGUUCGAAAAGCAAGGAAAACAAAACCUGAGACCAAAAAAAAGCAUGAAGAUGACUGGGACAAACUAAGGAAGGAGGUACACGAAAAAGGUGCAAAGAUAGAAAGAAGCACAGAUACAAUGGAUUCGCUGGACUAUGAAGCAAUAAGAUGUGCCUCUGUUAAAGAGAUAUCUGAUGCUAUCAAAGAAAGAGGGAUGAACAACAUGCUAGCAGAACGAAUCAAGGAAUUCCUGAACAGAUUGGUGAAAGAACAUGGAAGCAUUGACCUUGAAUGGUUAAGACAUGUCCCCCCUGAUAAAACAAAGGACUAUCUACUAAGCAUGAGAGGAUUGGGGUUAAAAAGUGUUGAAUGUGUACGGCUUCUAACACUUCAUCAUCUUGCUUUCCCAGUUGACACCAAUGUUGGAAGGAUAGCCGUUAGACUUGGAUGGGUCCCUCUCCAGCCACUUCCUGAAAAACUACAAAUACACCUCCUUGAAUUGUAUCCAGUGCUGGAGUCUAUUCAAAAGUAUCUUUGGCCAAGAUUGUGCAAACUUGAUCAAAGAACCUUGUAUGAGCUACACUACCAGAUGAUUACAUUUGGAAAGGUUUUCUGCACAAAGAAAAAACCAAAUUGCAAUGCAUGCCCAAUGCGAGCAGAGUGCAGACAUUUUGCCAGUGCUUUUGCAAGUGCGCGACUUGCCUUGCCAGGACCAGAAGAGAAGCGCAUUGUGAGCAUGCCUGUUCCCACUUCAGAUGAGAGAAAUCUUCCAAAUUUGAACCCGGUGAUCCUACCUCUCACUGGGAACAUGAGCGGAGAAACAGGUAUUCAAAGCAGGCAGUGUGAGCCAAUCAUUGAAGAACCAGCAACACCGGAACAGAGUCCAGAGGCAUUAGAAAGCGACAUUGAGGACUUCUUUUGGGAGGAUCCUGAUGAAAUUCCUACUAUCAAUGUCAAUCUUGAAGUGUUCGCAAAGAGUUUACAGAACCACAUGCAAGAACAUGAAGGUGACCAGUCAAAGGCCCUUGUUGCCUGGAAUCCGCAAUCUGCUUCUAUCCCUACAGCAAAACUGAAGAAUGUGAGCCGGCUAAGAACAGAACACCAAGUAUAUGAACUUCCAGAUUCACACCCUCUGUUGGAAAAGAUGGAUAAGCGGGAACCUGAUGACCCAAGUCCAUAUCUUCUUGCAAUAUGGUCACCAGGUGAGACUGCGAAUUCCAUUGAACCACCACAAAGGAAGUGUGGAUUGCAAGACUCAACCAACCUGUGCAAUGACAAGACAUGUUUUUCAUGCAACAGCAUUAGAGAAGCUAAUUCACAAAUUGUGAGAGGAACACUGCUGAUACCGUGUCGGACAGCAACAAGGGGAAGCUUUCCACUCAACGGUACUUACUUUCAAGUUAAUGAGUUAUUUGCGGACCACGCAUCCAGCAUUGAACCCAUAGAUAUCCCUAGGGAAUGGAUAUGGAAUUUGCCAAGGAGGACAGUAUACUUUGGGACCUCUGUAUCAUCAAUUUUCAAAGGUCUCUCAACCCCAGAAAUUCAGCAUUGCUUUUGGAGAGGAUUUGUUUGUGUUAGGGGAUUUGAUCAACAAAAACGUGCACCUCGUCCUCUUUUUGCCAGAUUGCAUUUUACAGAAAGUAAACUUGCAAAGACAAAAAAAUGAAAACAAGAAAAUGGGACAUGUACUAAGAAAUUUGCUAAUAUUGAAGAUCAAACUGCUCCAAGACCAGAUGGAAUUGCCGCGGAAGUGACAGGAGAUCAACAACUAGCAUACUUUUGUAUAUUCAAAUAUUCUUCUUCUAAGUAUGCAGCAAGUAAUGAAAAACGUACUAGGUGUUUCUGUUCGGGAUGUGAAAUCCUGCAACUAGUGGUAUUGACCUGUAUAUCAUUUCUAUUCAAGCACAACAGCGAUUUGUUAAAAACAUGCUGAAAUUAUACCAACAAUUGUAAUUAUUGCAUUACAAUCAAUAGAAUUGUUCAUUGACAGUGAACAGAAAUUGCAGAAA